GCCGAACGAUUUCAUACCUUGAACAAUGUCUUAAAUCGAUAGUAGUCUUUUGGAGUAGAGUAACAGACGGAGAUAAAGUUAACUGAAAUAAAAUGUUAUCUGCCAGUUAUCUUCAAAACGCCUUCAUAGGUUCAGGAAAAUAUCGUUGCAACAGUUAGAAGGAAAAUUAAUCAAUAACUUAAUUCCAAGCAAGCAUUUAACAGCAGUAUACCUACUGUAAUUAUAUAGGAAAGACGAUACCAAAUACCCACCUAGAAAACAAUGUCUAUGCAUUUGAGAAAUAGUCGUGACCAGAUGACAAAAGACGACGAUUCAGUGCAUUCAUUUGGAAAGUUGCGCCAUAUCUCUGAUACUGAAAACGGAAGCCAAGCCAGUUCUGUGGAUUAUGGAAAAGGGAGUUGGUGGGGUUCGAAGUCGGGACUAGAACAAAAACUAAUCGUCUUGUGCAGCGUCCUUUUCCUACUCUCUUUCUGUCUCAUGAUAUCGACCAUUGUUCUCAGCGGAAAAGCCAAAUCAGCGCGUGGAAGUGACACAACGACAACAACGACGGCGAGCACAAACGCGACAACAGAAGAACCAGUACCAACUAAUGCAACAACAGAACCGCCUGAAACAGAACCUACAGCAGAACCUCCUAAAACAGAACCUACAAAAGAACCCACAAAAGAACCUACAAAAGAACCUACAAAAGAACCUGAUGUACCUAAACCUGAAAACAUCGAGCCACAACCACAGCAAGCAGAAAAUAUACUAAUAGCAAAAAAGUCUAAUUCUAAAGACUUCACAACAAGUUAUACAACUGAAAAUGAAAAAGUUAUUGUAUUCUAGUAAUAUUAACUCACGUUGAAAACACUUUUUUUGAAUGCUACUGAUGAUUUGCCAUAUUGACGGAUAUAAAGAGAAGUAUUAAACUGUCAGCGAAUGAAGGAAAACUUUUAUUUGUUAAAACUUUUUAUUUAAUAAAAAAUAAAUAUG